UAUUAUUAUGCGUCUUCUGUUUCCGGUCAGUUGUUUCUCACCGGACGUAUUUUUAUAGCGACACAACCAACAUGGACGCCGUAUCCCAGCGUGUGUUGGACUAUUUGACAGAAGUUGAGGAGGCAGCUGAAGAUGUUCUCACUACUAAACAGCAGAUAGUGGACCUGGACACAAAGAGAAACAGGAACAGAGAGGCAUUGAACGCCCUGAAAGAUGAAAUGUCAGACUCAGAGAAAGUGAAGGUUUGCUUCGGAAACAUGUUCAUCAAACUUCCCAAGCUGAAAACGAGGGAGAUGAUUCAGAAAGACCAAGAGCAGCUGGACAAGGAGAUAAACGACCUUCGCAAAGGACUGAAAGCAAAAGUCAAUCGUCUCAAUGAGAUGCAAGGAAAACCUGCGCUGAGAGGCUACAACCUGUCCCCUCUGUCCUCUGAUGAAAUGAAAUCCAUUAACAGCCUUUUGAAUAGAUGACAUCAGAUCUGGAAGCUGCUGAAUAUGUCUGAGGACAUCAGGACAAAGAGAACAACUGUCAGUUGUGCAGAUGGCACUGUGACAUGACACUUAAUGAUUCACAAAAUUGAUUUUACAGACAUCAUCUUAACCUGCCUUCGGGAUGUGAAACAAAAAGCUAAUUUAAGACAGGAACUCUAUUUAGGCCAUAUUCAUACCAAAGCAGGGGUUGCAUCUGUUGCUGGCAGGGGUGUGUUUAUUUGUGCUUUAGAAGUGAAACUAGUGAGAUUAGUGAAACAGUCAGAAAGUCAUUUUUUUCUUUUAUUUAAGACCUUUCUUGUUAGCAGCUCUAUUUUUUGUUUGCCAUGUUGCUGUUUUGCAGCCUUAGGGGUGCUCCUUUUUUGGUUUUUGGUCUCUCCUCCGGCCCCCUGCCGCUAUAGCUUAAAGGCACUAAAAGGGACGGCUGGCGCUUCUGCCACCGUGCUUGAUUUGAAUUGGCCCUCAGUCAUUCCCUUCUUUAUUGUCUGUUGUUUAAGCUACAACAUUAUUCAGCCAUCUUAAAGAGCUGUCUGCUGUGGUAACCGGCACUUGUAAAGGCAUAACAAAUGCUGAAAAACACACAACUAUUGUGUGUACAAACAGCAACACUAAAGUUAGUUCGUUUUGCAGUUCUAUGGUUUUCGACUGUUAGAACCGUAUCUGGCACUGUGGCUUGUGGUGCUCUGUAGACACUGGCUGCAGCUUGACAGCUUAAUAGUGUUAUAACUUCUGCUAGCAACACACACAGCAUGUGUUGUUCCAAAUUAUAAACAUUUCAGAUAAUGUAGCUAAAAAGCAAAUGUCAGGCUAACAGCAGUAGUAAACCUACAGUUCAUUGCAGUUCAUUUAUUUCUGUAACUCUGGCCAUCAGAUCCAAACAUUGGAUGGUAAAAAUGUGGCUUACAACUGAAAGUCAAUGUAUGACAUGAUCUGUAUGACAGCUUCUGGCAGACAACCAAAACGCUUGGUAUAAUGGAAGAACACAGCUGAACUAUAUAUAGAACAUAUAGCUAGAGUUUAGUAUUGACAGAAUACAGUACAUAUAAUGGACAGAGCUUCCGGGUCUGAAAAGUGAAGGCAACAUGGAAGUGUCUUAAAACCUGCAUUCUAUGUAAAGGCCAGCAGGGGGAGCUCUACUGGCUGCAAUAGCACACAGAUACCAUGCAGUCUUCUUUUCGUUUCCUAAUGAGUUUAUGGUCUCAGUCUCUAGUUUGGUGACAACCAGAACGCCAAACUAGAGGCUUCAGAACGGUGCUACACAAACAAAUGGGUGUCACCAUAGGUUCACACUUUAACGUCUCAGAAUGAGGAAGCAUCUUUAAACAGGGGUCAGACAAUCACACAGGUUGUAAAGAAGCAGACAGAUUAGCUACCUGUUUUGGUGGUAAUAAUCCCUCACUGCACAGUAAACCUGCACACAGACACUGUAAGUACAGUUGAAGUUUAGCCAGGAAAUUUAAAGUUUACAACCCCAUUUGCUUUUGUUUUCUCUCCAAAGUAAGUUUGUCUAACCUGUUGGGAAGCUGUCUGACUGGAAUAUAAAUGACCCUUGAGGAGUGUUUGACGUGACCUCCCGUAUUGAGUGUAACUGUUGAAUGGGCCACCAGUUGGCAGUGCCGUGUUAUUGUACAGCAGAGGGCUGGAGCCUUGUUUCACUCACUGCCUCGACAGCCUCACAGCCAGUCCUCAACCCCGCUGGCAUUAAUGCAGCCCCGCUUUAUAGUCAGCAAUGAAAUGCACACCAGAAUUGGUUCCUGGAUGUUCAACAAAAUCCUUCAACCUUGCAGAUGUCCAGUAUGUUUGCCAGUGCAUGAUGUUUGUGUUUUCACGUUGUUUGUAACUUUUGUUGUCCUUUUACUAUGUCUAUGAAUAAAUUCUCUUAAUAUGUU